CACGAAUACGACACACAGAAACAUAAUGAGCAAAGUAGGCGGCGUUAGUGGUGGCGCAGCGCCAACAGGGUGCUACAAGUGCGGCCGCCCCGGCCACUGGUCCCGCGAUUGUCCUUCCAACCCCAACUCCGAAAUCAACAACAACAACAACGCAGAUCCUCCGUCCAAUUCCGACUUCAGUGCGAAGCCACCUCUCCCGAACCAGAAGCCGAAGCAGAAGCCACCGAGAAGAACCAGGCCCAAACUCACCCCUGAUCUUCUUCUCUCUGAUUCCGGCGUCGGCCACAUCCUCCGCUACUUUCCCCGCGCCUUCAAGUGCCGCGGCCGCGGCCACGAGGUUAAUGAUUUGCGACACCUUCUUCGGUUAUAUGCCGAAUGGCACUCGCAUUUACUUCCCUAUUACAACUUUGAUCAAUUCAUACAUAAGGUGGAACAAGUGGGUGCUACAAAGCGUGUUAAGAUCUGUCUUAGAGAACUACGAGAGAAAGUUGCUAAUGGAAUAGACCUAGCAAAGCUGCAGGAGCCCCAAGUCCAACAGAACUCGGUAGAUAAACAAGAUUCUACAGGUGACGUUGACAUGCCAAGUCCUUUCCCAGAAAAUGAUUUACAAAAUGAAGACUUGAAUAAUUUUCAAGAAGACAUGCCUCAGAGCAUCUGGGAGAAAGCCACUCAAGAAACAUCGCAACCUGUGCAAGUUGAAGAAGAGGUUGCGCCGAAUGAGAGAGUGGACCCAAGUGCUGCUGGCGUUCGUAAUAAAAUUGAGAUGUCGGAAGAACAAAAGGAGCGCAUGGAAGCUAACAGGUUAAAAGCAUUAGAGAAAGCAGCUGCUAGGUCUCGUUCCUUACGUGCUUGAUUUGCUCUUCCUUUUUUGACCAGUUGUUACUCGGCACACAUGCUGUUACAGAUUAGCCAGCCAAAUUCAAAGAUAAAUAUAGAUGAAAUAUUUAUUUGGCUGGUUUAUGUCAUAUUUAUAAAACUACCUUCAGUUUGUC